AUGCGCAUCCUCUCAGAUACAGUAAUCCGAGAGCGUGCGAACACGACGUCUCAAAGACGCGCCGCGGUGGUUGAAACAACUCUCCAGUGGAGGUAAUUGUUGAAUCGGCUCGGGGUCGGAUUGCCACUACGACCUCUCGACCCGGUCAGCCACUUGUUGGCUUGUCACCCUCUAAUUUACCGCUGACACUUGUCUCUGGCCUCUUCUUUUGAUUGGCGCAACAGCGUCGUAACAGCGGCGUAACCCUCUUAAACAAAUCUAAACAAUACCUGCUCAGGUAAUUGGCAGCUUUCUAUGCAUUCUUAGAGCCCUGCCGCUCAAUUAUAAAGAAAGAUGAAACGAUUGAAGAAACUUUGGGAAGUUAUUAAAGAUGAGAUUGGUUUGUAAUAGGCUCUCCGGGGGGAAGGGUAACAUAAACAUAACCAGCCAGCUGCCGUUUCGCGCGGUAAUUUUCUCACUGGAAUGACUGUUCCUUUCUUAGGAUUUUAAGUGAAAUAAUCUAUUAUUUCUUAUGAAAGUUUUAAAAUGAUGCGAAAAAUCAAAAAACACUUGUCAGAGAGAAAAAUUGAUAAGCUGUCUACCACAAAGUUGAUCCCCAUGAAUUUAGCUUUUUUUUUGAAAACGUUCAUUUUUGAGUUUUUUUCUUCAUGGACUCUUAUUUUCGUGAGACCCUGAUGAACGCAUAAAGAAUGGUAAGUAAAAAAAAUCAUUUUUUCUUGUAGGAUAUUCACGAAACUAGUCUUUUUAUUGUAAAAAAACGAAAGGAGGUUUCUUUUAUUUUUUUCAUAGUUCUUUUAUUUUGCAAAGACUCAGUGAAAGAUGUGAAAAAGCUUCCCUUCGAACUUUCAUCGAAAAAAACAUAGGCGACAAAACUGUAUGUACUUAAACGUUUUGUAUGAGAAUUCUCGAGAAUUCCGGUCAAAAUUUGGAAAAAAAAUUUCCAGGUGCUCAUCCUUGUGGUUCGAGGAAGCCGUCAGAGAUCAUGUUAUGGAUUCUAAAGCCAAUCAGACACUAAUCAAUCUGUCGCAACAUUUACCGACGGCGGCAACAUGGAGCGUCGGAGAGCCAUCUGUCAGAAAUUCAUCCACUGACACGCCAUCUUUACGACCGCGAUUCAUAUUAACCUCCGUAUGUCUUCUUGGGAUGAACAUGGAAUAUAGCAAGACACUUUGCGCCGCUGUUAAAGUGCUUUACGAGCCACGUUGA